AAAAAUUUCGCCGUCGUUGAGGCACCGAUGAAAUGCGCAGGCGUCAGGCUGAGGACGACACCGAGUAUCACGCAUGCGCGCAGUACACUGAAGGCCUUGAAAAUGUCGGAUGGAGGUUAAAAAUUGCAAGGAAUUUGAGUAUGGGAAUCUCGAACACAACACAGCAGUUUUGCUGUCUCUGUCCAGAUAUUUAAGAAGUGGAGCUGGGGUUUCAGUCAAUCAUCCUUCCUGCUUAGACUGUCAGGAGGGAUUCACUCGAUCAUCUGACCAACUGGCAUGCCCGUUAGUUUACAUGGAGGGGAGCCCAUUCAUCUUCUCAGACAGUGGGAAUGAAUUCACUCGGUCUUCUCAACUGAAGGUACAUUAGCAAGUUCACACUGGGCAAGGCCAUUCACCUGUUCUGUGUGUGAGAAGGGAUUCAGUUGGUCUUCCCACCUGUGGACACACCAGUCAGUUCACACCGGGCAGAGGCUGGUCAACUGCUGAAUUUGUGGGGAAGGAUUCACUCGGUCAUCUGACCUAAUGGCUCACCAGCGAGUUCACACUCGGGAGCGGCUGUUCACCUGCUCGGACUGUGGGAAACGAUUCACUCAGUCAUCUCAGUUACUGAGACACCAGUCAGUUCACACUGGGGACAGGCCAUUCACCUGCUCAGACUGUGGGAAAGGAUUCAUUUCAUCAUAUCAGUUACUGAGACACCAGUCAGUUCACACCGGAGUGUGGCUGUUCACCUGCUCAGACUGUGGGAAGCGAUUCACUGAAUUAUCUCCACUGAAGAUACAUCAGCGAGUUCACACCGGAGAGAGGCCAUUCAACUGCUCAGACUGUGGGAAGGGAUUCGCUCAGUCAUCUCAACUGAAGGUACACCAAAGAAUUCACACUGGGGAGAAGCUGUUCACCUGCUCAGACUGUGGCAAGGCAUUCACUUCAUCAGCUCACUUACUGAGACACCAGUCAGUUCACACUGGGGAGAGGCCAUUCACCUGCUCAGACUGUGGGAAGGGAUUCACUUCGUCAUCCCAUCUGAAGAUACAUCAGCAAGUUCACACUGGUGAGAGGUCGUUCACCUGCUCAGACUGUGGGAAAGGAUUCACUCAGUCAUCCAUCCUAAAGGCACACCAGCGCCUUCACACUGGGUAGAGACCGAUCUGCUCAGACUUUGGGAAAAGAUUCUCUCAGCCAAAUCAACCAGUGUGCAUCACUGAGUUCACACUGGGGAGAGGCCAUUCACCGGCUGUGAAUGUAGGGAGCGAUUCACUCAGUCAUCUAAUCUUAUGUAGCUCUCAGUUCUGCUGGCAGCUUAACAGAGGGGGUUAUAGCCUGCCCACCCCAGUCUGGCCAAACUGAAGAAUCUCGUUUGGGUGGAUACUGAGUGAUGUGUCCCCUUUCUGUGAACUGUCUCUUUAAAAUGCAAAGAGAACCGAGACUGACUUUGGACACGCUGUUGGAUUUCUGCAGAAGUGCUGGGUUGCUAUGGUGACCAGCUAAUGUUUAUGUUCUGUGUGGUUAAGCAAGGUCAGAAUGAUCCUUUACCGACACAGAACAAGCAAGCGACUUUUUACAGAGAGAGCGGGCGGAGCUAUGUGAUGGACAGCUGGUGUUCAGCACAACAGUAUUUAAACACACGUAACUGCUUUACUCGCAGGACACGCGGACGCACGAAGGCUAGUGGUGAAAGUUUCUGCUAGUUGGACUUUCUUGUACCCACAAGGGUGGGAUCUGAGGAUCGAUAAAGAAGAAUCGAUCUGUGGCUGUUAGUGCAUGUAAGAGCGACCCUGUGGGAUCUACCGGUGAGUCUAACCCUUGCCUGGGUUGGUAGACUUUCUCUUGAAGAAGGUGCUCUUGAGUUGGUCACGUCUGGCUAACUUGGAAGAUUUAAUGGGCAUUGGAAAAGGUCGACAACACCUGUUUACUUGGAUUACAUCUCCCUCACCCUCGCCCUCUCCUUCCCUCCCUCCCUCCCCC